CCGCCCCUGCUCCGCUCUGGUCUGCACUGCACUCCUCUGCUCUGUCGGAUACAGGCAGAAAUGGUGUAGUAUAUCAGGAAAAACAACGAGGGGAGAAGGGCCAGAAAAGAGAAGGCGAGUCUACACGGCUUACGGCAACGGCACAGGAGAGCCAUUCAGAAGAGUCGGGGGUCAAAGGUGAGAAGAGCAGAGGGCACCAUGAGUGAGCCGGGGGGCCCUGCCUCCACGGCCAGCAAUACUGGGACCAGCACCUCCUCCACCACCACCAGCUCCUCCAGCACCACAGCUGCCAGCAGUAAUAGUACCUCGAACACUACUUCUACUACUACUUCUACUCCUCCUGCUACUACUUCUACUAGUAGUAGUAGCAGCAGUAGUAUUAACAAUAGUAGUAGUUCCAGUAGUAGUACUACAACAGGAAGACAGGCAGUGCCGCAGAUAUCUGUUUACAGCGGGAUACCUGAUCGACAAACUGUGCAGGUAUUCCAACAAGCGUUACACAGACAGCCUAACACGGCAGCACAGUACCUGCAGCAGAUGUACGCUGCUCAGCAGCAGCAUCUGAUGCUACAAACUGCUGCCCUCCAGCAGCAGCACAACCUCAGCACCGCUCAGCUUCAGAGCCUGCAGGCCAGUAUUGCAGCUGGCCGGCAAAGCUCCUCACAGAAUGGUACUUCAUCUCAGCAAACGGGAUCCACUCAGGCUACGAUCAAUCUGACCACCUCCCCAGCAGCAGCUCAGCUGAUCAGUCGGGCUCAGAGCAUUAGUUCCACCCCCACCAGUAUCUCCCAGCAGGCUGUUCUUCUGGGCAGCCCAUCCAGCCCCACUCUCACGGCCAGCCAGGCACAGAUGUACCUGCGUGCACAGAUGGCCCAGCAGAGCAACCUGGUGCAGGUGGCCAGGAGCCUGGGCCGAGCUGUUCCUCUGUCCCCACAGCUCAUCUUCACUCCCACAGCUACAGUUACAGCUGUCCAGUCAGAGAGCUCCGCGCAGGCCUCCUCACAGAAUCAGGUCCAGAAUCUGGCCAUCCGUGGCCAGCAGGUGGCGACCACGUCCUCCUCUCAGACUCAGACCCUGCAGGCUCUGAGCCUGAAGCAGAGCCCUGUCCCCAUCCAGCCCGCCUCACUGAUCAAGAAUCCCAGUCAGGGGACCCAAGCCUCUGCAGGAGGGAAGGCCAGCUCCUCCGACAGCUCCUCUGAAGCAGGGAAGAAGGGGGACAGCGCAGCGGUCACAGAGGUCCGAGCUAUUAACAUGAGCCGCAGUUUCACAGCUGUCAGCGCUCAGCCUCUGAUUGCUCCAGCGUACACUCAGAUCCAGCCACACUCCCUGGUUCAGCAGCACAAGCAGCAGCAGCAGCAGCAGCAGUUUGUGGUCCAUCAGAGCCAAAGUUCCCAAAGGACCCCAGGCCAGCUGCUGCAGACAGCAUCCAUUCAGCCAUCACAGCACCCCGUCCCUGUGUUGCCCAAACCUGCCCCACACCAACCCUCGACGCCAAGCCAACAGGCCACCAUCUUCCACUCCACCAUCAGCCCCCACGCACUCCACUCCUCCCUAAAUAAUGCCAAAGCCCAGCCCGUCCAGCUCACUGCCAUCAACCUACAAAUACAACCAACAGCCUCUCGACUGGUUCAGGACAGUAAAGAUAAGCCAACCUCGCUGGUGGUGAGAGAGACUUGUCCAACACCAGCCACACAGCAGCAGCAGCAGCAGCAUCAACAGCAGCAGCAGCAGCAGCAGCAUCAACAGCAGCAGCAGCAGCAGCAGCAGCAACAACAGCAGCAGCAGCAACAACAACCUGCAACAUCACAAUCGCCAUCACAACCUGCCAAGCCUGUCGAACAGCCCAAGGUUGACCCAGUCACACCAGCUGUUCAGCCACAAGGAGGGGGCUCAACAAAGAGGCCGAGCACUGCACCUGGGACCCCACCUCCAGCCAUGACCUCAGGAAACGAGAGCGAGGCGCCCACGAUAACGGGCAGCACGCCUCAGAACGGAGAGAACAAACCGCCCCAGGCCAUCGUCAAGCCCCAGGUCCUCACGCAUGUCAUCGAAGGCUUCGUCAUCCAGGAGGGGGCAGAGCCGUUCCCAGUGUGUGUGGAGCGUCUGCCCAUUCUGAUCGACAGCCCAAAGAAGCUGGAUCAUCAGCUCUCAUCUGACCCCGACAAAACCCCAGUCAGCAAUGCGGCAAACUCUGACUCGGAGCCUGAGGACAUGAACCAGCCAGAAAAAGAGCAAGAGCCCAAGCUGACGUGUGAAUACUGCGGCUGGGUCGACUUCGCCUACACGUUCAAGGGCUCUAAAAGAUUCUGCUCCAUGGUUUGUGCGAAGAGGUACAAUGUGGGCUGUACGAAGCGGAUAGGCCUUUUCCGUCCAGAGAGGAGUAAACCAACAAAUCGUUGGCGCAGAAGAUCGCAGGGCCGCUCGAAUAUAGAAGCUAAGAAGCAGAAGCUGUCCCCUUCACCGCAGCAGCCCCAGGGGGGUUCUGUAUCCUCACCGCAUCCGUCGCAGCCCAGUCAGGAGGAGUCGAGCGCAUGUUCGGACAUGUCCAGCUACGAGGAGCCACCGUCUCCUCUCUCUGCCGCCAGCUCGGGACCCCUGGCUCCUGCCCCGGCCCCAGCUCAGGUCUCCGUCCAUCGGCAGCCGAGCAGGGCCUCGGACCAGGAGGGCUGUGCUGGCAGAGACACACCUUCGCUCUGUCAGCAUUUCUUACCAAACGAUCCCGCCAAGUGGAAUGUGGAAGAGGUGUACGAGUUCAUCUGUUCACUGCCAGGUUGUCAGGAGAUAGCAGACGAGUUUCGCUCUCAGGAGAUCGAUGGACAAGCGUUGCUCCUGCUAAAGGAGGACCACCUCAUGAGCACCAUGAACAUUAAACUGGGUCCUGCACUCAAGAUCUUUGCACGCAUCAACAUGCUUAAAGACUCUUAACAGGAAAGUGUGUGUGUGUGCCGUCGCGCACACAUGCAUCGAUCUGAGUGCAUACUUAUUUGUGUGUUAGUGUGUGUGUGUAAGUGUGUGAGAGAAGAGUGUAGGACUUUGGCACAGGGCAAAGGGGGUGUCAUCAUAGUACUGGCAACACAGUAUUAACUGCACUAUGACUUCACUUCUCCACACUACUUGACUGGUUUCUUUCUCUCACUCCAGCUGGACUCGACCCCACAAACUACUCAUACUCACUCAUAUCAGCUCUAUAACCAUGUGAUCAUUUAAGCUCUAUGGUGGUUUCAUGUGAGUGGAGCACUUGAAUAACACUGACCCACAGUGUGAGGAGGAAGUCUGAGUUUACAGCACUCACAGGAGUUAAGCAGCUCUCUAGGCAGUGGACUGAAAUGAAAUGAGUAAAUGAUCCACAUUGACAGUGGUGCCAAAUUCUUAAAAGUGGAUUCUUAUUAAAUGAGCGAAUAUAUGUGGAAAAGACAAGUGAUUCAUGGACCCCAUUAACAAGGGAUUAACAUUUAUAUAUCUGGUUAAUGUAGGUGUAAAUGCACACAGUCGGGGUGGAUCUCAUUUAUGCAUAUUAUUAUGCUUUUUAUUAGUGAGUCGACAGUUGAGAGAUCACCUGAGCUGAGGGGAGAGAUGUAAAACAGCUGAGGGGAGAGAUGUAAAACAGCGUGCAUCAAAGGAUGCCGUCAACAGCAAGGUGAAAGAUCACCUAACAUCACCUGCUAUCUCAGGCUGCACAUCAGAAAGCUACAGACGACCCCUUCUGAAAAAGGGGAAAAUGUGUAGAAGGUCGAGCUGCUUUCCUUUACCUGUCACAGACUGUGCUGUGCACCUGUUUUGCAUAAUGAAAUCCGAUCAGAAUUGAGAAAAAGAUAACAAGCUCUUUAUUAAUACCAGAUAUAGAUACAGAUUCCAUGAUAAUACCAGAUGUAAAUGUGGUCUUGGAUUUGGUUUACAGAAAAAUAAUCUGUAGAAGUUCAAAGGAAAACAGAGAACAAGCGAGUGUCAAAAGUGUACACUACCUGUUCAAUCAUGCCUGGGUUGGGUCAUACCGCAACGCAGACGUCGCUGAAUCGAGGCAUUGAGACAAAACAUGAGUGAAGUCUAAAUUUAUUAUUUUUAUUAUAUUGUUAGACAUGUUUUUUGUACAGUUUUGUUAGCUCGGUAAUGAAAGAAAAAUGUGUGUGUGUGUCUGGGAACAGAAGAUUGCAUUCAUUAAUUUGCUCAUUUUUAUUCAGCAGAUGCUCCUUUCUGCCUUUUUCUCACAAUAAGACUCGCACAGCUCUUGAAUACAAAAGCUUGAAUGCAGAGAAACCAUUUAAGCAGCUUCUUUUGUGACAUCGAUUUUCCUUUCAUGGAGGGGGACUCGCCAGUUUUCUCCUGUAGAUUUAAACUGCUUAAAAAUGAUUUAUUUUUUUUCUCUGCUGUUUUUUUUACCGAAAUGAUUCACGAAAAAUAUGACCAUCGAUUUCCUGUCUCAGUUUCGUAGAACACCCAAGUUAUCCAUCCAACAAUCUGGACAUUGUGCUUUUUUGACACAGCCCUGCUUUUUGGCACUUACUUUCUUUGUGUUUGCUUUAAUGUCACGAGGAACUCCAACAUUAUGUGGGAAAUCUGAAAACCAGUUUAUAUGUACAUAGCAGCUCAAGUGAGGAAAAAGACUGAAAGUGUGAAACUGUCUUUUUUUUUAAGUUAUCCUUAUUAUUUUAAAACAAAUGAAAUGGUGUUUAAUAUUUUGAAAUAUGCAAAUGUAUAAAUAUCAUGGCCUGGGGGUUGUUGUUUUUUUAAUGUUUCUUUUUCUAAUGAAAGUAUGAUCAUAUCUAUUUGUGUUUUUGUGGCUGUGAUGGAAGAUUGACUUUUUUUAGAUAAUGUUUUGUCAAAUGCUUGUAUUUAUCAAAACAGUUUGUUACACAACAUUUUGCAAUUAUAAAUAAUUUGCA